GCUGGAUACAGGCAUAUUGACUGUGCUCGAAUUUAUCAAAAUGAGAAAGAGAUAGGUUGGGCUCUAAAGGAGCUGUUUGAAGAUGGUGUAGUCAAGCGUGAAGAGUUGUUUAUCACCUCUAAACUCUGGUGUGGUGAUCAUGCUUCAGAAGAUGUAGCAGUGGCAAUUGAUUCAACUCUUCAAGACUUGCAGCUUGACUAUGUGGACCUAUACCUUAUCCAUUGGCCAUUCCGAGUUAAGAAGGGGACAAGCUUAAAACCAGAGAACCUUGUUGAAUCUGAUAUACCAAGCACCUGGGCUGCAAUGGAGAGAGUGUAUGAUUCCGGCAGAGCUCACGCGAUUGGUGUUAGUAACUUUACUUCCAAGAAAUUGGAGGAUUUGCUCGCUACGGCACGAGUGACCCCAGCUGUAGACCAGGUGGAGUGCCAUCCUGUUUGGAAACAAACCAAGCUUCGCUCAUUCUGUCAACAAAAGGGUGUUCAUCUCUCUGGAUAUUCUCCAUUAGGCUCGCCGGGUACAGAGUGGGUUGAUAGCAAUGUGCUUACAAAUUCAAUUAUAAAGGAGGUUGCCAAGAAAUUGGGCAAGACUCCUGCGCAAGUUGCUCUUAGAUGGGGCCUCCAAAUGGGUCACAGCAUACUGCCCAAAAGCACAAAUGAAGCAAGAAUAAAGGAGAAUAUUGAACUUUUUGAUUGGUCUAUUCCUGAUGAUUUGUUUGCGAAGUUCUCUGAUAUUAAGCAGGGAAGACUAAUCAGAGGGGAGUUCAUGAUUAGCUCUAAAAGCAUCUACAAGAGCGUUGAGGAGCUUUGGGAUGGAGAGAUCUAAGUGGGCAAGAUUUUUGGAUUCUAUCCAUUGUCCCACACUAGGAUAGAAAGUUUCUUCAUAAAAUAAUACAUCGAUUAUAUCUUGUAAUAAUAGCAUUUAAUCUUCCAACAGUUUGUAAUACAAAUAAGCUAUCUGCAAGAGAAGCACCAUGUAGUUGGUCUUAUAUGGAUAAAACUGUGAUCUCCAUUGCAACGACAACAGUUUAACAUGGUA